AGCAGCUGGAGGAACAGAGAGGCUGAGACUAACCCAGAAACAUCCAAUUCUCAAACUGAAGCUUGCACCCUCACCUCCAGCAUGAAAGUCUCUGCAGCACUUCUGAGCCUGCUGCUCAUAGCAGCCACCUUCAGCCCCCAGGGGCUCGCUCAGCCAGAUGCAAUCAAUGCCCCUGUCACCUGCUGCUAUAACUUCACCAAUAGGAAGAUCUCAGUGCAGAGGCUGGCGAGCUAUAGAAGAAUCACCAGCAGCAAGUGUCCCAAAGAAGCUGUGAUCUUCAAGACCAUUGUGGCCAAGGAGAUCUGUGCUGAUCCCAAGCAGAAGUGGGUUCAGGAUUCCAUGGACCACCUGGACAAGCAAAUCCAAACUCCGAAGCCUUGAACACUCACUCCAUAACCCAAGAAUCUGCAGCUAAUUUAUUUUUCCCUAGUUUUCCCCAGAUAUCCUGUUUUAUUUUAUUAUAAUGAAUUUUGUUUGUUGAUAUGAAACAUUAUGCCUUAAGUAAUGUUAAUCUUAUUUAAGUUAUUGAUGUUUUUAUUUUCUCUUUCGUGGUACUAGUGUUUUCUAGAUACGGAGACUUGGGGAAAUUGCUUUUCCUCUUGAACCACAGUUCUCUCCCUGGGAUGUUUUGAGGGUCUUUGCAAGGAUCGUUAAUACAAAGAAUUUUUGUUUUAACAUUCCAAUGCAUUGCUAAAAUAUUAUUGUGGAAAUGAAUAUUAUGUAACUAUUACACAAAAUAAAUAUAUUUUUGUA